AUGGAAGGAGAUAAAUUGUUAGAUUUCCUCAAUUUAAAAACAUUAACAAAUUUUAUUCUAAUAUAUGAUCGAUAUUUUAAAGCAGUUAAUGAUGGUGAUGAAGUUACUCAGUGUAAAUGUGUUGAAUUCUUUGUUAGCUAUCAUAAUAAACAUAAGUAUACACACCAUUUCGAUGUAAAUGGUUACAUUAAAUUAAUUGUCGAAGUGUUCUUUGGUUCAUCGGAAAAAGCAUUCAAAAAACUUACCAAUUUGAAGUGUUUACAUCAAACUUCUAUUCAAUUGGAUAUUUAUAAAAGAAUAAUCACAGAUACAAGAGCAAUCUACAGAAAAAAGCUAACCUUUUAA